AUUGCUUUAACAGAUGUACUACACACUGUGGGGGUGGUUCCAGAUGGUAUAAUUGGGCAUUCGGUGGGUGAAUUGGGAUGCGCCUAUGCUGAUGGGUGUUUGACAGCAGAACAGAUGAUCCUCGCAGCUUAUGCAAGAGGAAGAGCGUCCCUAGAAGCCGAACUCAUUCAAGGGAUGAUGGCUGCAGUGGGAAUUGGGUAUCAGCAAAUCAAGAGCCAGUGUCCACCAACAGUAGAGGUGGCAUGUCACAAUGGUCCUGAAAGUUGCACCAUAUCAGGACCAACAAAGGACAUGGAAGAUUUCGUGGCACAAUUGAAAGAAAGGGGUGUCUUUGCCAGGCUGGUUAAUGUUGCCAACAUCGCUUAUCACAGUAGAUACAUAAAACCUGCCGCUCCAUUUCUAUUGAAGUAUCUCAAAGAGAUCAUUCCAAUUGCAUCCCCACGAUCUUCAAAAUGGAUCAGUACGUCUGUACCUGAAGACAGAUGGGAUUGUGAUUUAGCGAAAACUUCUUCAGCUGAGUAUCACACAAACAAUUUACUUAGUUCAGUUUUAUUUGAGGAAGCAUCAAAACAUAUUCCAAAAGACGCCAUUGUCAUAGAAAUAGCUCCCCAUGGACUUCUACAAGCUAUUCUCAAACGCUCUUUGCCACCACAAUGUACGAAUAUUGCUUUGACUCAAAGAGGAAACAGAAGCAACGUUGAAUUUUUAUUGUCAGCUCUUGGAAGGAUGUACAUAAGUGGAGUUGAUAAUAUGAGAGUUUCUGCGUUAUAUCCGAAAGUUGAGUAUCCAGUUAGAAGGGGAACUCCCUCUUUGACGUCCAUUGUACACUGGGAACACAGUGAAGAAUGGAGACUUCUAAUCGAAGAUAAAUCGAACUAUCUAGUCAGUGUAAAAAACAUCCAAGUGUCUCUCAACACCGAAGAAUUUCAGGAGUAUAUUGGGAACACACUGGGAUGUAGGGCAAUUCUACCACCUUCUUUGUACUUGAUGAUAGUCUACAAAAUGUUGACUGACGAAUUCCACACAUGUGAAGAUUUUGUAUUUGAAAAUCUUCAUUUUAAAAAAGUCCUUAGCACUUCGGCAAUCGGGCACGUACCCUUGUCCGCUAUGGUACAGAAGGGCAGUGGCGAAUUUGAAGUCAUAAGUGAAGAUGAAAUCAUAAUUUCCGGAGUCAUCAAAACCCCAGAGACAGGAAGCAAUGUUUUAUUAGAACUACCAUCGCUUGAAAUUGGCGAGGAAGCUUAUCAGCUAAGUUCUAAAGACUUUUAUCAGGAAUAUUAUCACAGGGGUUGCCAGUAUUCUGGGGUGUACAAAUCCAUUAAGUCAUUAACUAUUACGAAAGAAGGUUCUGUUGCUGAUGUUAAAUGGUGUGAUAAUUGGGCGAUAUUUUUCGAUUUAAUGUUGCAACAGUUCUUCUUUCACGCCGGGGAACGUAAACAAGAUAUUAUGGUUCCCAGCCAUAUCCAGCGUCUUGCAGUGUCCAUUCCUCAGAUGCCUAGUUCAGAAGAUACAAAGAUCAAUUUCAAUUCAUCAACUGGCUUGAUUUAUUCUGAUGGCAUUCAGAUAAGUGGAGUCAGAGGUGCGUCUCUUCCAAAGCUACGAAAAGCUGUUUUGUACAACUGUGUUGAGUUUGUACCAUUUUUCAAUAAAGUAUACAAGGUAAGAGGAAGUAAAAUGUGUUUAUAA